AUGGACGACGAGCGACUACCCAAACGACUCUUCUACGGAGACGUCGCGACGGGUUCUCGCCGUCAAGGAGGCCAAAUUCGCCGUUACAUGGAUACCCUGAAGUAUUCUCUGAAGCGUCUGCGAAUCAACCCGACCAACUGGGAUGAGCUCGCCCGCGAUCGUCCGACAUGGAGGAGAACAGUGAAGACAUGCACUGCGAUCUACGAAGCCAACCGCAUCGAUGCCGCGAAAGUGAAGCGCGAAGCCCGAAAAUCCCAACUUCACCCAGUACGCAACGCCGAAGCACAACCACUUUCAACGUGUCCUCGAUGUCAACGGACAUUCCGGGCACGAAUCGGACUUGUUGGACAGCUUCGGAUCAACUGCGCCUCUCGAAAUGCACCCCGUCGUAGAGUAAAUUCGACGACUCAGUCCACUUUCCUCACUAUAAUCAAUCUGACGUGCUGGAAGCUAUCACGGUGCGUUAAAAGCCGUGGCUUGGAAGGUUGCCAACUGACGGGGUACCUUGGACCUCCUCCUUCACUGGAGGCGGUCUGAGAGUCAGGCUGCAAUGGCUCCUUUUUAAUGUGGCCUCUAUGGCAUUCCCACCACAGUGUGGGAUCCGAGCCAGGCGUUGGCGGCACGCCCAGGUGCGGCUUCGGCUGUGCCAGCCUCCAAAUCUCUGUUGUGUUGGUUGAAAUCCUGGUUAUUAUUGUGUUGACCAGGGGGUGUGGUGGAACACCAAAGUGAGGAUCCGUCCGAGCCAUCCACCUGUCGUCUCCCUCGUCUCCGGUCUUCUUGAGACUGUCUUGACAUCGAUCUCGGGCGAGGGAGGAGGAGAGAUUGUACGUAGAUGCAGCGCAAGUAUCCUAGAACUUUAAACCCCUGCGAAAGUCACUGUCCCCGCUCCCAUUGCUGCUGCAACUGUGGGGCACACGGUGGACAUCAUUGAAAUCGAUGGUCGAACUGUCGUGUGUGAUGUCAAAGGGCCUGCAUAUUUGUGCUAUGCCAUUAUCAGGUAUUCGUGGCUCUCGCGGCCUACUAUGCGCAGGCAGUUACCUGACACCUGGUUCCUUACUAGUUUAUAAGCGAAACGCCCUCCUAAAUAAUUCGCUUAGCUCACACUGAACGGUUAAAAACCGUCUAGUUAACUCCUUCGUGAGGAAAACGCGACAACCGAUCCCCCAGGAGACUUUGAAGGCGAACUGUCGGGACACCCGUGAUGACCUGCAUGCCAGAAGGUGGAUCAGAGUCUUAGAAUAGCAACAAAUUGACACACAAGUGAUUCCACUCCGUUGGUUGGGAAAAGUCAACUUGGUCUUGGAAAGGAGCUAACACUUUGAGGCGUACGUUUGUGGAUGCAGACGAUGUGUCUCUUCAGGUUUCCGUUGCGGGCGAAGGCUUUGCCACAAAUUACACACGCGCACUCACGCAGUUCUAAAAGGAGUGGGCUCGAAAAGCGAAUCAUUCACCACAAAUAAAGACGAAGGUGACGGUACCCUCGACGUGCACUUGUUGCCUCCUUAUUUGUCCGCGCUGGUGGACGACAUUGCUCAUUGUCUUAAGGAAGUAAUCUCCUGAAUCUGAAAUAAUUAUUUUAUUUCAUGCAUCUUCUCUUGUACACCCUUAGUUUGUUCCCAUGGAUUUGGAGAAUUUAUUUUUUGCGAAUAUGCAAACGUGCACAUUUGAAAAACAUGAAACCAUUAAGUACGUUAGAGACUCCUAUUGCACGUGAUCAUUCAGUGAAUUCGAACUUAACUGGACAUCUUGCACCUAUGUUCGGUGACAUACUCCUUUAGAUUGUCGAAUCCGCACUAAUUUCAACUUGGACCGGCCUGUUUCGAUGUAAAUCACAAUUCCAACGCAUUUGUUUCACGCUGAAUUUAAAAAGGCUUCUGAGAGCACAUUACCGAUAUUUACAUUGACUGAUUAAUAAUGCCGUCUUUGUCGGAGGGAAUCAUGUAAGUAUACAGAACAUUGCCGCUUAUCUUAGGAGCAACUUCCGAGACAGAACAGACUAAAUUUUCACAACUGGAGCUUCCUUAAGAGUGUUAUUUUACUGUGAGGAAAGUCCCUCGAUCACUAAGGCUAACUUUAUGUUCACGUGAAGUUUCAAGUUCAUUUUCGAACAAGGACAGCAACAGAUUGGAUUUGUAGGCUAACAGAGGGUGAAAUAUGCAUGGGCUGAAAUUCCUAUGCUAUCACACGCAUAUUCUUAAUAAUAACGACUGCACUCCUGCAGAUAUUCGCACUUCUCUCAUGACCUGUCGAGAAGAUAUGUCCAAAUUGUAACUGACGGCGAUCUAACCGUGUUUUACGUAAUAAAACAGCCUUUUAUUUUUAUAACCGACUCGGGCAUUUCUGACAUUCAUAACUGACAUUUUUGAUGGAAAUGUGGAUAUCUAGCAAGGAAAACGUCUACGUAUGUCUGAAAGUCGGACAAAAUGCUGACAUUUCCUGAGUGCACGUCUCCAAUUAACGCCAGACAGACACCGAUCUAGCCCGCGUGUUGGUCCAGCGCAUCUUAUGCGUGACGGAUCUCGGGAACACUGUCCAAUGGCGUCCAAUGACGUAUGCACGCAACGAUUGCGCACGCCACUGACUACCUGCUGCCAAGGUCAUCUAGGGGCGCUUCUACUCGCACUCAGCGUUCGGCCAUCUGGCGAACUCUGCCAGCUGCGUCAUCCAUCGAGUGCGAUCGAUUUUCUCUCGUCAGGCGCGCAGGCCCCCUCACGGUCCAGGGACCACCAACUCCAGGUGUGUCCCCAAUAUCUGACUGUCCACCUUGUACGCAACAAGAAGCAGGCCCUUCCCACGUAGAUAGUGCGGAUUCAGUUAAUCGUAUCUCUGGUUGCAACCAAAUCACUAACCAGGGUUAUGUUUGAACAUGCGUGUCCUUUAAUACCCUUGAUAUCAUUCAUGUGAGCUUGUCGUGCUCGGUGGAAUCUUUUCUAAGCAUAAAUCCCGAGACAGCCCAACCUUUUACUCUUUUUUAGAGGAAGAAACGGAUCAGUUCCAGCUACUUCAGAUUCAGUACGUGUCGAAGACGGCUGAGAUUGUAAUGAUUGUGUCUACGUACCUGCUUCAUGUACACAGUUCAGGUCUCAUCUCCAUGCAUCAACGUCUGCAGGAUGACUGCCUUGUGCAUCUCUAG